AUGAAUCCAGGCGAGAACAAACCUGCUCCAUUGCAAUUUGAAGACAACAUCUUCCAUUUAGAUCUCCACCCCAGCAAUGACAUUGUCGCUACUGGUAUGAUCAAUGGCCGUAUUCAAUGCCAUCGCUAUGGAUUGGAAGGGCAUGAGCACUUGUGGACAACCCGGGCAUUUAAAAAGUCAUGCAGAGGCGUGUCAUUUACUCCUGAUGGAUCAGGCAUUUACGGUAUCUCUCGGGACAGAUCCAUCCAACUUUUAGAUACAGAGACCGGAAAGGCUAUCAAAGUGAGAGAAACGACGCAUGAAUCGCCCAUCAAUUCCCUCUUGGUCAUUGACGAAAAUAUGAUGGCUAGUGGAGAUGACCAAGGUGUGAUCAAGAUCUGGGACAGCAGAAAAGAAACACCAGUACAAACUUACACAGAACACGAGGAUUUCAUUGCAGACAUGACAUUCAACAAACACCAUCGCACUUUAGUAGCUGUUGGAGGCGAUGGGUACCUAUCCACAUGGGACAUCCGCAAGCCAAAUGUAGCUGCCAUGUCAGAUCAAAUGGAGGAUGAACUACUCUCGGUCGCACUGGUGAAAAAUGGCAAAAAAGCAGUGGUCGGUACACAAGAUGGUGUAUUGACAUUAUGGUCCUGGGGAGACUGGGGAGAUUACAAUGAUCGUAUCAUGGGUCAUCCCAACUCAAUUGAUGCUAUCUGUAAAUUGGAUGAGGAUACCAUUUGUACGGGCAGCAGUGAUGGUAUUAUUCGUUUGGUUUCUAUUUUGCCUAACCAAUUUCAUGGUGUUUUGGGAGAUCAUGGUGAAGAUAUGCCUAUUGAAAAUUUGGUAUUGAGCCACGACAAAAAGUAUCUAGUCUCUAGUGGACAUGACGAUACAUUACAGUUUUGGGAUGUAGCUCAUUUAUUCCAAGAGGAAGAAGAGGCUGCUGCUGCUGCUGAGGAAGAGAAUCUGGAUGAAAAUACCGAGGACAAGGAGGAGGACGAAGGGGAAAAGACAGCACAACCAGAAGCCACACCCAAAGCAGAGGACAACGACGAUGAUGACGAUGGCUGGGGCACUGAUUCAGAUGAUGAAAAGGAAAAGAAGAAGAGAAAAAAGACGCAAAAGAAAAUGAAGGCUGAAAAGAAAAAGGACAUUAGAACCACGGCAUUUUUUGCAGACAUGUAG